CCACCUCCCACGCGCACCUCCCAUCUCCUGUCGUCCCGCUUUUCUGUACUUUCCUAGAAUAACUCGAGCUACUCUCCGACUCCUACAACAUGCAGAUCUUUGUCAAGACUCUCACUGGCAAGACCAUCACUCUCGAGGUCGAGUCCUCCGACACCAUCGACAUGGUCAAGAGCAAGAUCCAAGACAAGGAGGGCAUCCCUCCUGAUCAGCAGCGCCUCAUCUUUGCGGGCAAGCAGCUCGAGGACGGACGCACGCUUGCCGACUACAACAUCCAGAAGGAGUCUACCCUGCAUCUUGUUCUUCGUCUCCGUGGAGGCAUGCAGAUCUUUGUCAAGACUCUCACUGGCAAGACCAUCACUCUCGAGGUCGAGUCCUCCGACACCAUCGACAUGGUCAAGAGCAAGAUCCAAGACAAGGAGGGCAUCCCUCCUGAUCAGCAGCGCCUCAUCUUUGCGGGCAAGCAGCUCGAGGACGGACGCACGCUUGCCGACUACAACAUCCAGAAGGAGUCUACCCUGCAUCUUGUUCUUCGUCUCCGUGGAGGCAUGCAGAUCUUUGUCAAGACUCUCACUGGCAAGACCAUCACUCUCGAGGUCGAGUCCUCCGACACCAUCGACAUGGUCAAGAGCAAGAUCCAAGACAAGGAGGGCAUCCCUCCUGAUCAGCAGCGCCUCAUCUUUGCGGGCAAGCAGCUCGAGGACGGACGCACGCUUGCCGACUACAACAUCCAGAAGGAGUCUACCCUGCAUCUUGUUCUUCGUCUCCGUGGAGGCUGUUAAUGAUGUUAUCACCAAGUCAAUAAAGUCUUGAGGAC